AUGGCUACAAGUACAAGCCCUAGUUCUUCCUCUGCUCCUUUUAUAAACGUUUGCAAUAAAGAACUAAGUAUCAAAGAUUUCUAUCCUGUUUAUGAUAAAGUCAAGCCACUCUCUAGUCGUUGGAAAUCCAUAGCUAUUUCCUUUCGCCUUAGAAUAGACACUAUCAGAACCAUAAAAGCUAAUUAUCCUGGAGAUGCUGUCUCUUGUUUGCAGGAGGUUCUAGAGUGUUGGUUGAAGAAAGAUUAUGAUGACUACCAGACUAAUGAAAAUAGUGCCACUCCUGAAACAGAUGAGGUAGCUAUGUCACCAGCAAGCACUGACAGAUCAACAGUUUAUAUUCAUCGUCCUGAAAUAAACCAUCCAUUGGCAAAGAAGAUAUAUGAGUUACAGGAUGUGUUUGCUGAUGCAUUACAACUGACAAUGGAAUCCUUCCUCAAAAAGCCAGCACUUCUUUCUAAAAUCUUGAACUAUCUUACAAUGCAUGUUCAUGCUCUGUUGGGCCCUAUCAGAAAAAAUAAUCCAGCUGCAGUACAAGCAGUUAGAGAAGAAUUCAGUGACAUUAAAACAAUGACUGAUCUUUUUGUCAUUUUGCAAGAUAAGUAUGUAUCAUGGUUCAACUAUGAACUGAUAAUUAAACUUGUUCGUGUGUUCUUGAGUGACAAUCGUACAUUAAAGAGAACCUGGUCAGCAUAUGAAGAGAAGUUAAAGGAUUAUUUUAUAAACAGUGAAUUAAUAACUACCUAUCAGUUAGAUCCUCAUCAAGCUGACAGUAAUGGUCAGCGACCAAUUCAUUAUGCUGCUAAAUCUGGUGAUAUUUUACUACUGGAAUUAUACGUGAAGGAUUACAAGUGUAGUCUGAGCCUAACAGAUCACAAAGGUUGGAAUGUUAUUCAUUUUUCAUCAUUAAAAGGUCACACUCACUUUAUCAAGCAUAUCACCAGUCAGUAUCCUCAAUACAUUAGUUUACUACACUCUACUGACAAUGAGGGUCAAGUACCAUUACAUUUAACCUGUGAGAGUGGUAAUAUUCAAUUGGUCACAUUUCUAAAAAAUGAAAUGAAAUGUGAUAUUAAUGCUAAGGAUGCACGUGAUGAAACAUGUGUCACAUUUGCCUGUUUCUCAGGUAAUCUUGAUCUAGUACAAUUACUAACACAACAGUAUAAGCUUGAGCCUUUAGUUACUGAUAAAUAUGGUUUCACAGCAUUACAUGGAGCAGCAGAGAAUGGUCAUACUCAUAUACUGAAAUGGUACAGUCAGGAGUAUAGUGUGGAUAUUACUAAUCACACUAACAAUUACAAGUACACACUAGCUCAUUCAGCUGCAUAUGGAGGUAAACUACAUUGUUUACAGGAACUGAUCAACAAGUAUCAGUGUGAUGUUAAUGCCACUCUUACUGAUACUGAUAGUACAGUUCUUCAUAAAGCAUGUGAAGGAGGCCAUGUUCCUGUUGUACUUUAUCUCACUAGUCUUCCUCAGUGUAAUGUAGCAGCUAAGACUUCUAAUGGAUCAACAGUUCUUCACAUUACCUGUGAGUACAGUAACUCUCUUCCUAUACUCAAACAUCUGGUAGAAAAUCAUCAGUUAGAUCUGUGUGCUGUGAAUGAUGAGGGAAUGGCUCCUAUUCACUUAGCAUGUAGUGAUGGAAGAUUGAACUUGAUCCAGUACAUUAUAGAACACAUACCAUCAUCACUUGAACUACCUGACACUAAUGAUGGUCGUACUCCAUUCCUUAUUGCAGUGUACUUCAAUCAGUUAGAAGUUAUUAAAUAUCUUAUUAGUAAGAAGUGUAAUCUAUCAGCUACCAAUGAUGCAGGGUCUGGAGCAGUUCACAUAUCAGUAAAGAAGGGUCACUUGAAUGUAUUGAAGUAUCUCAUUGAUAAUAAUUAUUGUAAUCCUAAUGCAACUGAACAUCAAGACCGUACACCACUACAUGUUGCUGUAUCAGCUAAUGAAUAUGAAAUAUUAGAAUAUUUACUGAGUAAGAGUAUACCCUCAAUGAGUGUUGUCUGGCUACGUGAGAUAAAAUUAGACAGUCCUCAUGACAUAUACAAUAAUCCACAUAAUGCUGUACUUAUUAAUGAACAAGAUAAAGAUGGUAACACACCAUUACAUUAUGCUUGUGUUAUACAUCAGAAUAUGGUAUCACUAUUACUAAAAGCCAGUCUGUCUAACAAUAACUUAUUAAUUACUAACAAGAAAGGACAGACACCAUUACACUUAGCAGCUGCCUCUGGUCAUAAGGAUACCGCUGAAGCUUUACUGUUCUCAGUCACUGGUAGUUCUACUCAUCAUGAUCUCCUUACAGCUACUGAUAAUGAAGGAUCCACUGUAUUACAUACAGCUUGCAGUAAUGGCCAUAUUGAUGUGUUUCAUUAUUUAUCCAGUAUUUAUCCUCAAGUUGAUAUAUACCAUUAUUUGGAACCAAACAUUGUCUCUAAUCCAGUACCUAAAGACAAGUCUGGUCGUACUCCUCUUCAUUAUGCUUCUCGUUCUGAUAAUAUUCGUAUGGUACGUUAUCUCAUAGAGACCUUCCCCUGUACUCCUGAUGAUCCUGAUAAUAAUGGAUACACUUCAGUUCAUGGAGCAUGUGAAGCUGGUAGUAUGGAGCUAGUACAAUACUUUCUAACUGAUCUCAAAUGUAAUGCACUAGCUGAAACUGAUGAUUGUAAAACCAUGCUUUAUUUUGCUAGUAAGAGUUCUAAUUUAGAGCUUGUUCGGUUUUUAGUUGACGUAUUCAGUUUAAAACCUCGUCCACACGAUAUUGAAAUAGCUCAAUCAGUUAAUCCUGAUUCAUCAGUAGUUAAAUAUCUUCAAAAAAUACAUUUUGAUUUAUUCCUAUCACAACAAAGCAAAGUGAGUGGAUAUUAUGAGAAACUUGAAGGACAACAGGUUGACCCACUAGGACAAGAUAUUGUAUCUUAA